AUGACAGAAAAGAGCCGUUCUAGUGCCAUUAAAAAGUUCCUGCGUCAAUUAAAAGAAAAAGGCAAGGUAUUCGCAGAUUUUCGAACAUGUCUAGUAACACUAGAAGAAGAAGCUGCAUCGAAAGGUUUGAGUGAUUCAACCAUAAAAACAAUGGUGGAUAUCUUGCAACGUAAUGAUUUAAGUGCAACCAAUGCUGUUCCCUUUAUAAAAUGCAUGAUUCCAAAAGGUAAAGUAAACGACAAUGAAGCUAAAAAACUGAUAGUCUGGUUCCUGCGUACUUCUGCUGCAGUCACGACACUUACAACUUUAUUGCAAUGGAUCAUUGGCUGUUGGGAGUACCAGCUUGUAAAUAGAAACUCAAUCUAUAUAUUUUACGAUGCUUUCUUUUAUCUCAUGGUGACACAAGAUAAACUAGAGGCAAAGUUAGCUCAAUUAAUAUACUUAAUAACCAAACCAGAGGAUGUGACAAGAAGACAAGUUCUAAGAUUAAUAAAGUUGAAUGGCAAUUAUAGAAAACCUCCAAGGCAUCUCACUGCAUUGCUGUCGCUAUUCAAAUCAUAUAAACCAGAAUUUGUACCUGAAAAAAUUCCAACAAUAAACAUUCAAGGCAUCUGGAAGCCAAUACCAGAGUUUUUACGCUUAGGUUUUGAAGAUGCAAGAGAUAGAAUAAUUUUGAUACAAACUCAACGAAGUAAUGAACUCUAUUAUAAUUGGAAUAUUUUUAAUAUACAAAAAGUCAAAAAAAAUCAAGACCCUCUGGUGCCUUCUGUAGGAUAUUUUAAUCUUGGUUCAAAUAUUUUUAAUGAAAAGAUAGAGAAAUCCAUUUUUGAUAUAACUACUACUGUACAACUUGGAAACCAUCAGUCUUCUAUAAGAAUGCCAUGCAACUCCACAUCAUUAUUGUCAAAUAUAAUAGGAUAUCAUCUCUUGACUUAUACUGAUUUUGAGUAUCAGCAAAGAUUUGUACACAAUCUGUACAACACAUUCUGGAGAUCUUUUAUAUUUGAAAAUGGAAGGUACUCAAAUGAGGAAAUGAAUAAAAUUUUAGAUAUGACCAUUGAAUUUUCCAAAUACAUGCAGCAUGGAAUUCCCAUUGUCAGUUAUUUUGUAAAUGAAUACAUGUCUUGUUAUGUUGAUGAUCAUCAGUUAAAAUUAUUGGGCUUAAUGCAAUGGAGUUCCAUUUCUUUACCAGAGUUACAAGAUUAUGUGUUGAAACACAUAAAAUUAGUAUUUUACAGUUCAUCCAUACAAAAUAAAUGUAUGAUAAUUAGAACAUUAAGAACAUUGAUGUUAAAUCUAUUUGUGAUAAAUAAUAACUUAUUCAAGAACAAAUCGUUUCCAUUUUUGGGACAAAAUUUCAUUGGUAACAUUCCUGAAUCAGUGAGAAUUAUUGAAAGUUUCACUAAAGAACUGAUAGUGUCUUCUUUGAAUAUACACUCCGAAAAUGCAAGUUUGGUAUCAGAGGCUCUUUCAUUUUAUGAACAAAUAGAUAUUCUCGAGAUAUAUAAAGAAACUCCAAUAAGUUUGCCUCCAAUUGCAUUAGUUUACAGUUGCUUUAUCAACAAAAGCUGCGCCUUGCUAUCAAGAAUAUGUGCUUUACUAUUGCAAUACAGAAAGUAUUUUCAACAUAAAAACCAAACUUCUAUUAUUAGUCGUAAGUGGUUAGUAACAUUUGCAGAAGAUUUUGUAAGUGCCCUAUGGUUUGAUAAUUGUUUUAGCACUCGAUUAGAGGUAAGAAGAUACUUUCUGAAAAGUUUAUCUGAAGUGAUUGUCAAAAGUAAUGGAACUUGUGAUAUUGAUAGUUUGUUGAAUAUUUGUCAGCAUUAUGCAGUGCUGCCUUAUUUAUACACAUUGAGUACUAGUGGAUUGCAUAUUCAAUCAAAGCAUGAUGCCAGAAAUGUUGCAGCUUAUUAUUAUAAGCAUAUUCAUAAUUUUAUUACUGCAUUAUUGGGUGAUGAAGAAUAA